UCUCACCACUUUUACAGUCUUCAAUUUGGUAUAUAUUAAUAUCUGAUAUUGUCGGAGUGAGUUUAUUGAAAAUGGUCGCCUCUACAGCAUCAGGGUUGCAAAUGGCUGCAGUACAGCCAUGUGUUUCUGCUCGUCGGCGUGUUUUUAGGGGCAGUUCAGUUUCCUUGAGCACUGAUUUUAAGCCAACAUCGUGGGCAGAGCAUACUAGGAAUGUAUCAUAUUCAAUGCCAUUGCACCGUAUCAACUCAUCUUCCCCCUCGAAAUCGCGCAAGGGAGUGAUCAAAGCAAUAGUAGAUUCCGCUGAAAGGCCGCCUGUUGGAUUACCUAUCGACUUAAAAGGUAAGAGGGCAUUUAUUGCUGGUGUAGCUGAUGAUAAAGGUUAUGGUUGGGCUAUUGCAAGGUCUCUGGCUGCAGCUGGUGCUGAGAUUCUUCUUGGCACUUGGGUCCCGGCGCUGAGUAUCUUUGAAACAAGUCUAAGACGUGGGAAAUUCAAUGAAUCACGAGUGUUGCCUGAUGGUUCAUUGAUGAAGAUUGCCAAGGUUUAUGGUCUAGAUGCUGUUUUUGACAAUCCAGAUGAUGUUCCUGAAGAUGUCAAAUUAAGCAAGCAUUACUCUGGAUUAAUCAAUUGGACUAUUAAGGAAGUUACUCAUUUAGUUAAACAAGAUUUCGGCAACAUUGACAUCCUUGUUCAUUCACUUGCAAAUGGACCUGAGGUCAUUAAACCUUUACUAGAAACGUCAAGGUACGGGUACCUUGCAGCAUUAUCUGCUUCUAGUUACUCUUAUGUUUCCUUGCUGAAGCAUUUCCUUCCAAUAAUGAAUUACGGCGGUUCGUCCAUCUCACUGACCUACAUGGCUUCCAAGAGGAUGAUUCCAGGUUACGGUGGAGGCAUGAGUUCUGCAAAAGCUGCAUUGGAGAGCGACACACGGGUACUGGCUUUUGAAGCAGGGCGAAAACGUGGGGUUAGAGUGAACACAAUAUCAGCCGGUCCACUACGGAGUCGUGCUGCAAAGGCUAUUGGGUUCAUCGAUAUGAUGAUCGACUAUUCUAUGUCUAAUGCUCCAUUGCAAAAAGAAUUAACUGCAGAUGAAAUCGGACAUACAGCUGCUUUUUUGGCGUCACCUUUGGCCUCUGCCAUAACUGGUGCUGUUAUUUACGUAGACAAUGGUCUAAACACGAUGGGAGUAGGCGUAGAUAGUCCAGUUUUCAAGAACCUCGAAAUUCCGACAGACCAGGAGUAAAGCACGACGAGCCAACACCUCCAUUUUGUGCUGUGACGUCCAGGCUCUUCAUUCAAUAGUUCAUAUGUUGAGGAAUAUUAUUUGGGAGCAGGAAGCCAUGUGUACAGUAUAGAAUUCAUACACAUGAACUAGUUCUUUUUAGUUUUUAGGUUGAAAGUUGAAACACUUAUGAUCCAAAUCUAUUGUUUGAUGCAUGGUUACUUUGUUCCUAUAUACUAUUCAACCAUGUGUGG